UAUCAUUCUAUACAAUAAUAAAUUGACCAGGUUUAUCUUGAAAGAAGGAAUAUAAAAGCUAUUAAAAUGAUUUCUCAAUUAUCACAUAUUAUGACUCUUGCGAACAGCAUUAUUGGAGUAAGCGUUCUUGCAAUGCCGUUUUGUUUCAAGCAAUGUGGUAUUAUUUUAGCUAUUGUAGUCUUAAUAUUGAGUAGUACUUUAUCCAGACUUGCUUGUCAUUUUCUUAUUAAAUCAGCUGUGAUGUCCAGAAGACGAAAUUUUGAACUGUUGGCUUUUCAUGCAUUUGGUCAUAUGGGCAAAUUUUUGGUGGAAUUAUUUAUUAUUGGUUUUCUUGUGGGAACAUGUAUCGCUUUCUUUGUUGUUAUGGGUGAUUUAGGACCACAAAUUGUGCGAAAAGUAAUAGAUAAAAGUCCGGAAGAUAUUAGGACUAGUUUACUUAUAACAACUAGUAUUUUCAUUGUUUUGCCAUUGGGAUUACUUAGAAAUAUUGACAGUCUGUCUACUCUUUGUACUGCUACAAUUAUAUUUUAUCUUUGUCUUGUACUGAAGAUAAUAACUGAAUCUAUGCAACAUAUUUUUGCUGGGGAUUGGUACGAACAUGUAUAUUAUUGGAGACCAUCUGGUAUACUUCAAUGUGUACCUAUUUUUUCUAUGGCCUUAUUCUGUCAGACCCAAUUAUUUGAAAUUUAUGAAACUAUUCCAAAUGUGUCUUUAGAAAAAAUGAAUGAAGUUGUACGAGGUGCGCUAAAUAUAUGCACCAUUGUAUACCUCUGUGUUGGAUUUUUUGGUUAUAUUGCAUUUUGUACACAGCCAUUUACAGGGAAUAUAUUAAUGAGCUUUGAACCUACAUUGUCAUCCGAGAUGAUUAAGAUGGGAUUUGUGUUUUCCAUAGCAUUUAGUUUUCCUCUAGUCAUUUUUCCAUGUCGUGCAAGUCUAAAUUCUCUAUUAUUUCGCAGGGUAUACUCUCAUGAACCUUCUAUAAAUUAUUUACCAGAAACAAGAUUUAGAUGUCUUACUAUUAUAAUUGUAGUUGUUUCUCUUAUCACUGGCAUUCUAAUACCAAAUAUUGAGUUUGUUCUUGGUUUAGUAGGAUCCACUAUCGGAGUAAUGAUUUGCUUGAUAUUUCCAGCAAUAUUCUUUAUAUCUAUUAGUAACAAACAUACUAAUGAAAGACUAUUAGCCCAAGUGAUACUAUUUAUUGGUAUCUGCAUUAUGAUUCUGAGUACAUAUGCAAAUUUAUAUGCUCUAGAAGAAUCUGCUAAUACGAAAAUAUUAACAACAACAAAUAAGCCUUUGAAUCAAAUAAAUAAUUUACCGUUAAACUUAAAUAAAGAUGAUAUCAAUGCAGUAGCAAAUGUUCCUAAUAAUCCAAAUAUUGAAAUUCCUCCAAAUAUUAAGGAGAAAGGAGGUCAGUUACCAAGUUUAAAUGUCCUUGACAAAUCUCUCAACUUACAAGCAAAUGAUAUAAGACAGGAACCACCGAUACCAGUUGAACGCAUAGUUGUCACAGACAAGCCAAUGAUGGAAACACAAAAUCCUGUUGAUACUAUAUUGGUUACUUUUGCCCCAGUUAUUAAAAAGAUGGUUGAAGAAAUAAAAACAAUGGAUACAAACUUUCAUAAACAAUCGAACAUAUUGGUGAAAGAUAACGUUAUAACACAAACAGAAUUUGUCACUGGAAACAGAGAAGAAAGUAAUCCCAUAAUCAUGAAAGAAAAUAAUCCUUCAGAGAUGAAAGAUAGUUUUAUAAAUGCAAAAGGACAUGAUAAUUCUAUAAAUUCUGAUGCAAUUAAAAAAGAAGAAUCAGAGUUAGCUGCUUAUGCAGAGGCUGCCAACGUGUUGGUUUCAGAGAGGCAUGAAAAACUUAGAAAGACUUUAGAAAAACACAAACAAGAACAAUUGCAGAUGAUGGAGGAACAAAAAGAAAUAUUAAAAGAUCUAAAAGAGCAAAAACAAGAAAUUGAGAGGCAAAAGCAAAAAAUUAUUAAAGACACACAAGAACAUCAAAAAUACAAAGGAAAAUUAAAUGCUAUUUAUAAAAAUGGGAAAUCUGUUACACAAUCAAAUAAGAAUAUUACGGUAAUGAGUAGCAGUAAUGAAAAAGUACUUCCAAAGAAACAAAAAAGCAUCAAUGAUAAAAGUUCUAAUGCAGUUUUUUCUAACAAUGAGAACCUAAAUAAAGAACAAAAUGUUCAAAUCGAUAAAAAUCAUAUGUUAUUUCAUAAUAAAGUACAUAUUGAAAGAAUUAAAAAAGUUGGAGCAAGUUCAAAUGAUACAAAAGAAUUACCUAAAGGGCCUAUCUUAAAUGCUUUGACAAAACGAGUAUUACAAAGAUCUAUUUCUAUAAAUGGCUUUAAACUAAAUGAUAGUGAACCUGAUAAAAUCAUGUAUAAUAAUAAAAAUACUGAUACUGAUAUAAUUUUUAAUUCGGUAAAGAAGCCGAAUUUAAAAAUUGGAAAAAUACAGCACGAAUAUUCUCUACCAAUUGCAUUGAAAAUGCGAAAUCAAACAAGUAUAGAAAAUACGUUAAUCUUAAUAGAAAAUAAGUCUGAGGAAAGCGUUCAAAUAAUACAUAGAGAUAUUUUAGAGAAUCACGAACGUGAGAAACGAGAAAUUAACAUGAAAAUUGAAGAAACCAGUACCAAAGUUAUAAGUGAUAUCUCAAGUGAGAAACCUGAAUAUCUAAUAAAGAAUUUCUCCAUUAAGAAUAAUCGCGAGAAAUGUUUUAAACAAAAUGAACAAACGGUGGAAAAUUCGGUAAAUAAAUUAAAGAAAAAAAUAAACCAAAAUUUAUCUAAAAGUGAUAUAGUUGAAACACCAUUGAUUAGAACUAAUGUAUAUUUGUCAGAGCAAGGAUUUGAAAAUGCAGUUUCAAUGGAUUCAAAUAUCCCUAUAAGAGGAGAAUAUGUUAAAUUGAAACAGAGGGAUUUAAAAUUCGUAAAUACUGCUGAAGAUUAUAUUUAAACUUUUGGAGACCUGAUUAAAUAUAGU